AUGUCGCUUUGUCCGUCGUCGUCUCAUCAGCUUGUAGCGGCGGCGAUCGCUUUCCGACGUGCCCGUCGCAAAUUUCCGAAGAAUUUCGGCCUGGAUAGCGCACUCGAACGCGCCAAGGGGAACCCAAGAGAAUCGCCCGCGGAAACCACGACGACCCGCGAAGGGCCCAUUAAUCAAGCGAGAUCGAGCGCCUCGCUGGUGAGACGCGCAUACAGCUCCCGAUCUGAUCACAUCUGUCCGGCGAGCGUGCGGUGCCGCGAUCACGAUCGCUCCUGCAGCGAGGAGGGCUCGAUCGGCUGCAGUUGCUGCCGGACCAGGAACGUUGCUGAAGACAUUUCGGAGUUGCGGAACGAUUGCAGCGGCGGAGACACAGUCGAUGUCGCGCCAGGCCGAGAGUGCGACCAGUCUGUGAUAGCGUCGAGUGCCGAUCGCAAAAAUGAGUUCGCUAAACCGGCCGAGCGGGACAGAUGCGAGACGUCGUACGGGAUCUCCGGCGGGAAAGCUCAGCACAAAAGCUGGCGGGAACAGAUGCGAGGCGAGGAUGGUCGAUUGUACGCGCGGCAGUGCAGCUCCAAGAACUACCCCGGAAUAAUAUCCGUCGCUUGUGAGGAGAACGAUGAGCUCGUGCGCGACGAGAGCGACAACGAUGACGACAACGAGGAGGAGAACGUCGGCAACGACGACGGCGACGACAAUGAAGAGGACGACGACGAUGUGGCCGUUAUCAAUCACAAGGACUCCAUGUGCAUCCUCGCGGAAAAAUACAAAACCAGCAGGAAAAGUCGCGCUAAAAGAUGCGCGAAGGACAACUGUAAGGACAAGUCGCAGAACAAAUCGCAGACUUCGGAGGCCAUCGAUCAGCCGCGAGAAUCGCCGCGCGGAAACGCGAACGCGGUUCCGCACGAGGAAUCUGCGAGCGUCAAACACGUUUGCCGCGUUAGACAUUGCGAGGGUUGCGACACCGCGAGGGCGUGCAGAGAUCGUGGAUGUCGACAGGCUCCGCCGGAGGGUGAAUACGACCAAUUCAAGUGCCCUUUGAACGGGACCCGCUGCUGCUCAAGUCGAGCGCCUUGUGGACGUACCUUCUGA